AUGACAGUUAUGAACAUUCAGAAUGUGUCUGGUGAUAGUCCUAUGCACAUUGUGUGUGGUCUCCCCGAAUCACCAACAAAAAUUGCUAUGGUUGGACGACUGCUUGCCAACGCGCGACUGAAUCUCCACCUUUAUAACGAGGACGAACUCACACCAGUACACAUAGCGAUAUCGAAGGAUUACUAUAAAACAAUGGAGUUGAUCUUGCAAUCACGACCGCAACAACUUAACGCUGACACAGGCAAUGGCUUCCCGCCGUUGCUGCUGGCUGCAUUCUAUGGACGUCGAAAAUGUACGGAAACUCUGAUCGAGUUGAACGCCGACGUCAACCGAUAUUCCAAGUUGGGUCGUACUGCUUUGCAUCUGGCGCUGGAGUCAUGGCAUGGAGCAGUAGACAAAGACAUGGAUCGUCUUGCGUGUGUACAGGUCAGCUAUAACGCAAUAUAUACCUCAUUAUACAUAUUUCUGAUGGACCACUGA